AUGUCUCGUCAUGCUCUCGUUCUCGGUGCCUCUGGCAUCUCUGGUUGGGCAUGUACCAACCAGCUGCUGCACGAUUAUCCACGGCCGGGGAUCUGGAAACGUAUCACAGGCCUCACAAGAAGGCCGAUGGAUGAAGAAGAGCGCUCAUAUUGGCCCAAACAUGACAGGUUAAAACUUGUCUCUGGAUUCGAUGUCCACAAUGACUCGGAGGAGGUGCUGGAACAAAAGUUUAAGGAGAAAAUCCCGGAUGUGAAUACUGUUACACAUGUCUAUUAUCUAGUGCAUGAUCCUCCCCCUACGCCUGGAGAUAAAGAUCCACACGCGAUCGGCGUGGGUGCGCUGCGCAAAACCGUCACGGUUCUCAACAAUCUGGCUCCGAAUCUCGAAUUCAUCCACGUCCAGUAUGGCAGCUUUAUAUAUGGAACAUGCUUCCCCGUCGAUUUCCACUAUCCUCGGCCACUCUCAGAGUCUCUGCCAUCGCUCCCAUCGCCGUAUGGAGGCUUUUUUAGUUUUUCCAAACUGACAGAUUUCAUGGAGAACUUUUCUUCUGAUAAGCCCUGGAGCUGGUGUUUUGUUCCCCGGAUCAACAUGUAUAACGCGGUGUAUCCAAUCGCGACUUACCUCUCACUGUAUGCGUAUGUCAACGGCAAGGGCGCCGAAUGCCCAUUCCCAGGAAGUUUUGGGGCUUGGAAAGCUUUGACCAAUGAUGGAGGAGCAGAUAUGAUUGCAAAAGCCGCUAUUUACCUGUCUCUGCUUGCAGACCCAGCCAUUAAAGGGCAAGGAUUCAAUGUUGCUUCAUCAGAUACACCAUGGAAUUGGGAGGCGAAAUGGCCCGCCAUAUGCAGCUGGUUUGGGCUGGUGGGGAUGCCUCCAAUCGAUAAGUACAAGGAUCAAACGAGAACGCCGGGGCCAGAGAAGUAUAUCAGUGCCCACAAAGACCAGUAUAACCUGAUGGUAGCAGAAUAUGAGUUAAAGGGGUGGCCCGUUGUUUCCCCCACAAUGGAUCCUUCGGUCGAAAAUUGGGCUUUGACCAAGCUCAAUGCUGAUGCAAAUAUUAACCUCCAGAAACUCAGGUCCGUAGGUUUCACCGAGGAGGAAGAUCCAAAAAUUUCCUGGUAUACUGCUUUAGACAGAAUGAGAAAGGCCAAAGUUAUCCCAUAG